AUGAAUCGGACAGAUAGCGGAUUCGCUGGAUCCUAUGUCCCCAAAACAGCCAGCAAAGGACCACUAUCAAUUCAAGGAACCGACACCACACCUACUCGUCAGCGGAAACCCAGACAGAUCGUUGCUGAACCAGCAUCUUCCCCCCAGAGCGCGAAGAUGGAUCCAUCCCAACGUCCAGCAUCAGAACAGCGCUCCAGACCACUUCGCCAAAAGUCAACCACCUCGUCGUCGGAAAACUCAACCAACCGAUCCAAGAGCCGUGGCCAUGGCUCGAAACCUUCGUCUCGUCGAACUUCCUGCACCAUUGUGGACCCAUCACGACCAGCGCGCCACUAUCGAAUGAAGAGCUCUCAGCCACCGCCUACUGCAACUGGCCAAGACAUCGACGACGUUCUGGCCCUUCACUUUCGCAGUUGCAGCAUCUUCACGAACCCGUCUUACCAUUCAAACUCCGUGCUCCCGAGCCCCACGCCGUCCCAAGGCGAAGCGUUCGGCUUUCCCAACGUUGGAACGCGUUUCAGUUCCGACAGUCUACGCGUAGUGCAAGAGAUGCCCCUGCCCCGCGAAAGCGAAGACACGGUCGACGAACUGGAAAAGACCAACACCACCAUGCAAUGGAACUCGCCCUGCACGCGAAGGCGCGAGUACGAACGGAUUGACAAAGCCAACAGUGGUCUCCGCGGCUUCUUCCGCAGAGUCACGCCAAGAUGUGUCUCCAGCCCGCAGGAGAAAUUCUACGAGAAGGAUCAGUCGGACGCCGGGUCGGUGCGACGCUAUCGGCUCGACGAUCUAGAUGAGCAGCAGCCCAUGAACGAGAAAGCCGGUGCGCCGCGACCCCAAACGAGUCCUGUGCCUAGGCCGCAUUCGAGACCGAGUAUCAAGAAGAGAUGGUCUUGCUUUUAG